AUGGUUAGUAGUUCUUUUAGCUCAAGCUCUAAAGAGACAGAUAUAUUCAUAAUAAAUAACAGGUUUGAUGAAAAAGAAAUUAAAAUCUUUGAAACCAUAUUUAAUAAUAUGGAUAUUGGAUCUAAAGGCUAUAUAAAUAAACAAGACUUAGUUCAAUAUAAAGAAAGUAAACCAAAUUUAAGUCAUCACAGUAUAGAUUUUGAAAUUUUUUUGGUAUCAAAUAAUAAUCAAUUAUCUUUUUAUCAUUUUUUAUCGUUACUAAGUUUAACAGGUAUUUCAUUAAGUAUACCAAAUAAUAUUAUACCAAUAGAACCCGAAGUAUCAAAAAUAGGCAAUUCUCGUUUAUCAUUUAUUCCAACUUCAGCUAUAAACAACAAUAUUAACAACAUUAAUAAUAGUAAUAAUAAUAGUAAUAAUAGUAAUAAUAGUAAUAAUAGUAAUAAUAAAAAUGCUCCAUCCACACCUGUACAUUCUAAUCAAUACCCAACCUCUAGUUUACCCCUAUCACCAUUUUCGCAAGAUAAUUUUAAUUCGAAGUUAAGCAAUAGCCCAAAAAGUGAUAUGUUAUAUAGAACACCAUUAAACUCAAUGAUAGAUAUUACAAACAAUAAUAUAAAUAUAAAUAAUAAUAAAAAUAGCAAUAAUGAAAAUAAUAUUAAUAAUAAUAACAGUAGUACAGGAAGCGAUGGUGAGAGUGUAAAUAAAAGAGUACCAAAAAUUAGCCUUGGCAUCUAUAGGGGAAAAACACCACUAAACUAA